CUUAGAACACACCGAAGUACGGCGAACGUGGAUUAGUUCGUCGUUGCUAUGUGUUUCCACCAAUGGUGGGGUGGUUUGUUGCUGCUGGAAGAUGGCGGACCGGCUCACCCAGCUGCAGGACGCGGUGAACUCGCUGGCAGACCAGUUCUGUAAUGCCAUCGGUGUCUUGCAGCAGUGUGCUCCUCCAGCAUCAUUUACAAACAUUCAGACGGCCAUAAACAAAGAUCAGCCGUCUAAUCCAACAGAAGAAUACGCACAGCUUUUUGCUGCAUUGAUAGCACGGACUGCAAAAGAUAUUGACGUGUUAGUUGACUCGCUACCAAGUGAAGAAUCAACAGCAGCAUUGCAGGCUGCAAGUCUGCGUCAGCUGGAAGAGGAAAACCAUGAGGCAGCAGCUCGCCUGGAAGAAGUUGUUUACCGAGGAGAUGUGCUUUUGGAGAAGAUUCAGUGUGCAUUGGCGGACAUUGCCCAUUCACAGCUUGGCACCAGAAGCAGUGGUUACAGCCAACGGGCCCCUGAAUCUUAGCACUGGAGAUCUUCUGCUGAUCAGACAGGCAUGCAAAUAGAAUAACUGCAGCAUUUUGUUUCAUUGUAGAGUGGUUACAGAUGAAGGAAGAGGAGGGAAAAAGACCUUAGUGAAAUAGUUAAAUGUCAGUACUAAGACUUAAAUUAUUUCAAUUUUUCAAUUAUUUCAAUUAUUUUGGUUGUGGCUUGAGCCAGCAAGAUGAUUCCAUGUCAACGUGAAUAUGGAAUUUCUUCCCUUAUCCACUUUUAUCCCCUCUUUUCCUCCCCACACACGCCCUUUGUAUAGCAUCAGUUUCAACGUUCAGCAAAAUGAACUGGAUUCUACCUGUGGUGUUCUCCAGUUUUGUCCUGAAACCUGUUCUGCCAGUUGUUACAUUCCUUUCAAAAUCAGGAAUGCUGUUUAAUGGGUAAUGGUUAUCACUGGGUUCUGAAACCAUACCCAAUGUAAGUGCAGCACUGUGGCAGUGCGAAUGCCAGCCAUGGUACACCCACAUAAUUACUGCUGCUUUUGGAUUCGAGCACAGUCAUGGGGAUGGAAAGUGACUGAGUCACUCUUUAUCACUUUCCUGCAUUCCACCUGUAGGUUUGAGGCAAAGGAGACCCUUGUCCUGUUGCAGGGAUGGGUGUAAGUACCACACACACUGCCAUAUGGUGAUUUUGUCCUUUGGGCAAUGCAUAUGUGUAGUGUGUGAACGAGGCAAUAAUGAUGGGGAGUUCCUGCUUUGGCAGUGAAGCCUGCUGCCAGUGAGAGCCGACUCUCAGUGAAAGACAUGGUUACCACCUCCUGUUGUGUACAUAACCACAUAACCACCUGAAAGCCCCUUCCACUGGCAGAAAACAGGUUGAACUCUGCUACCUCUCCACUAUAGUGUGUUUUUGUAUUUUGUUUUGAAUGGUUUUGUGAUUGUGGUUGAACUUUGUUUAGGGACGUGGUGAGGCUGUAGCCAGUCAGUUCUGCACACUGUUAAUAAUCAGGCAUCUGCAUUGAAUCACACUCCCUCUGAAGCUUCACAUUGUUGACUUGUGACUUGUUCCUGUUGGGUUACAUUGCACAGCUGAAGCCUCUUCUAUAUUCCAUGAUUAUCAGGUGUCCAAGUAUUUGUGCCAUUGACAAUUGGUUGAGAAAGUAAAAUUUCAAAAAUGGCAAGGAGUUACACAACAUUGAGUGUCAUGUUUUGGAGCUUCCAUUGAUACAAACUCUUGUUCACCUUGAGCUAGGUUCAGCUCACUCGAUUGUGAUGUGAACAAUGUUGUUAUAUCUGGAAAUUAAAGAAAUAUGAAUAUUCACACAUUAAAUGGCAACCUGGCCUGCAAUUGUGUUUAGUUUGCUAGCAGAUGUCUUGAUUUGAAUACAACUUGCAUCGAGAUGGGCUCGGGUUUAGAAUGUGAAGGGGUUGGUCUGUAGUGCAGAAUGCUACUGAAGCUAAAAGGUUUAAAUUGAAGACUGGUUCCAUAGGUUAGGCUUGUGUAGUAUUAAAUAGCAGGAAGUUAUGCAAUUAUGAUGUUUGAUAUGAUGGAGAGAAACCUUCCUCUGGGUGGAGGCAUGCAGACUUGCUGUAUCCAGCGCUAGCUAGGUUUUUAUCAGGAAAACUAAUACUAGAUGGAAUUGCCUUGCGUAAGGAGCAGCACACACCUGUUGGGGGUGGAGGAAUCUGGGUAGAUAGAAUUAUUGGAACAGGAAAUGUCUGAAACACUCAGCAGGGAGCUGUAGGUAGAGAUAUGGCCUGACCUGCUGGGUAUUCCAACAUCUGGUUUUAUUUCAGGUUUCUGAAAUGUGCAGUUUUUAUUUUCAUAAAAUUAUUGGAUGCCAGUUUCCUUUCCCAGGUUUUUAAGACUGACUUUGCACACAGCCAGGUGUACAUAGCUGCUGAAGGGUGAGUCAGCUGCUAUAAUGUCUUGCAUUAAUACAGCUCCUUUGUCGCACUCCACUACCAUGUUACCACCCAAAUAUUUGUCACCAAGCGCUAGGGAAAUUGUGGCAAGAGACUAAAAGGUUGGUCAUGGGAUCUAAAGAACUUCUUGAUUGGGGAGAGGAGUUUCGGGAGAGAUUUAAAGCUGGCAGCUGAAAGUUGUCACCCUUGGGAAGGGGCAAGUUCUCUCACUAUCCACUAUGCUGCUCAUAAUUUUGUACACAUCAAUCUGAUUUCCCCCUUAACCACCUGUUCCAAAGAAAACAAACCUGGUCUAUCCAGGAACUCUGAGUCGAGCAGCCCCCCUUGUUGGGGGGGGGGGGGGGGGGUGUUGGAGUGGAGAAUUGUCAACGUUUCAGGUUUCAACCCAAAACAUCGGCAAUUCCUCCCCCAACCCCACAGAUGCUGCUGAACCCACUGAGCUCCUCCGGCAGGUUUUGUUGUUCUAGAUUCCAGCAUCUUCAUCCCAGGCAACAUCCUGGUUAACCUUCUCUGGACCUGCUCCAGUGCAAUCGCAUCCUCCUUAUGGUCUGGAAACUAGAACGGCACACAGUACUCCCUCACGUUUUUGUACAGCUGUACCAGAAUCUUCCUGCCCUUCUGUGCCCUGGUUAAUGAAUGCAAGGAUCCCAUGUGCCUUCAGCAAGGGUCUCAGCACUGAUACUGUGCUACACCAGUGCAAAAACAAACCUCAACCAUUUCUUCCCCCACCCCCACCCCCACCCCCACCCCACCCCACCCCACCCCACCAAACCAGUUUUAGAUCUAAUUUGCCUAAUUGCCCUGGUUUGCAUAUGCCUCUUACCUUUUGACCCUGUGAAAUGCCUUAUUGAAGUCCAUAUAGACUACAUCAUCCACUUCUCAUGGAUGCAGUCUGUUACUUCAAAUAAAAUUAAAUCAAAUUAAUUAGGCAGGAUCUCCCACUAACAAAAGCCAUGCUGAUUAUCCUUAAUUAAUCCCUGUCUUCAAAUUACAAAGUCCAGUAAUAAAUUGAGUGCUGCAACCCAUUGUAGAUUAGACAUUGAGCAUGUGACUGUUCAAGUUAAUUGGGAGGUGCCUUCAUUUGUAUUGCACCUGACUUUCCAAACUCGUUCUGCUGUAAUGAUGAGGCUUCCUGCACUUCCCCUCCCCCACAGGUCAGUUUUACAUUAAGUAGUGAGCACUUGUUUUAUAACUGGUUUGCAUGAUUGAUUAAUUUUUCAAGAAGAAUAAAAGAUUCUUUGCUCACAAAAUUUGAAUUACUGUGUGUCAUUUUAAGAAAGGUAACUGCAAGGAUAGAUGUGCAACUUUACAAUCUUUGCACCUGCAAAUAGUUUCAUUAUAAAUUUAAAAAUCUAAGGUUAUUUGUUUCACAUCCAAUCAAAAUUGGCUGUGGUCCUUGUGUGCACGAUUUUUUUAAUAUUAGAAACAGCUAAAUUCUGUCAAAUAAACUGAGGUUCCCC